UCUUAAUUGCAACACAGUUCCUUCAGCAAAAGAGGACAAUACUUUAUUGGAAACACUAAAAGCGCACGACAUUCACAUUUAAUAGCUUGGCGGACGUACAUUAGUUUAACAGUGGGGAACUUUCUUGGAAGUUUUGGUGUAGAAAGUCAGAGAACAUCGACGGGGGAACUUAACAUUAAUUGGAUUCACCAAAAACAUUCAAAUGGAUUUUGCUAAACGUGUAGUAAGAUAGUACCCCUUGGAGUAGCUAAUCAGAGAACGUCACCGCAUGGAUAUUGAGACGGAAAGCUUCUACACAAUAUGAACACUAUGAAUUCAUAAUCGCGCAAAACUCUAUUUCUGCGUUUUAAACUAAUGGCACAGUGGAUUGACACUACUUAAGACCAAACACGUAUUUCUAUGAGAACGAUACAUUGCUAAAAACUCGAUUCUUACGGACUAAAACAUCGGACGCCGUGUGACAGUGUGAUAUUCAGACAUAAAAUUCAGCAAUAUCCUUAUAUUUCUCCAUUGCAUUAACCAUGUUUUUCAAUAGAUAGUCACAGGAUGUGAAUUGACGACAAGGAUAUCAAUAACCGUCGCUUGGAAUGAUCAACAGCAAAACGAAAUGAACUAACUAGUGACAGCUACGAUUAAACAUUUGGGAUUAGAACACGGUUAUCCCAAUAUCUUUACCGUAUAUUUGGAUAACAUUCAAUGUCAAGCUUGUGAACACUCCAGUCUAGUAAACAUUUCCCAAAGCAGGAGAAUUUCCCUUGUUGGUUUGAUUAAAAGCGACAAGGCAUUUACAGAAGACAUCUGAGAAUACUUGAAGAUUCUGGUAGAAGCACUCACUCACGGUGGAUCACAUUGCUACUACUCGAUAACGAGAAGAUUCUAAAUAAUCCAUAGCAGUGUUUCUGUCAAGCGCUGACAACAGAGGCAAUUAUGAAGACAAACUUGGGCCUGUGUAUAACACUAAUAUCACUACUGGAAUCAGUGUACGGUACAACCUGGUCGGAAUGGUGGAAGUACGCGGAUGGGAUUUCAGGACCGGAAUUCUGGGGACUUUUAAAUCUUGAAUGGACGAUAUGCACCAAAGGAAAGAGACAAUCUCCAGUAAAUAUCGAACCCAAAAGGCUUGUUUAUGACCCUUAUAUGAAAAACAUACACAUUGACCAAGCUCACGUGGGAGGCUGGCUUCUAAACAAUGGACACGACAUAAAGUUCAAGAUAGACGACCCUGCAAAGCCCAACUCUAUCAAUAUAACAAAGGGCCCCCUCUCUUACAUGUACAGGGUGAUUGAUAUUACAAUACACUUUGGCAGUAGUGAUGACCUUGGGAGCGACCAUACUAUUGAGGGGAAGUCGUUCCCAGCAGAGAUCCAGCUCACAGCCUUCAACUCAGAUAUCUAUGCAAAUUUUACAUCGGCGGAAGUUUCACCAAAUGGUCUCACUGUGAUAGGAAUCCUAGUUCAGAUAAAUGAAGAAUCAACAAAUCGAGAGUUUGAAAAACUUGCGCAGGAAUUCAAAAGAGUAAAAUAUAAAGGUAACGAAGUGAGAGUUGAGGACUUAUCCCUGCACGACUUGAUGCCUGAGACAUACUCCUUUAUGACGUACGAGGGCUCAUUAACCAAGCCUGGUUGCCACGAGACUGUUACCUGGGUGAUCAUGAAUAGACCAAUCUACAUUUCCAGAGAACACCUGGAGAGUUUACGCCAGGCGAUGACCGGGGACGAAGAAAAUCCCAAUGACCCGAUGGCAAAUAACAAUAGGCCAACGAUGUCCCUCAACCGAAGGACCAUACGAACUAACAUCAAUUUCGCCGACCCAAGACCCGGAUGUACAAUGAAGAAAAAUUUGACAUAUCACGCCAACUUUCCUGUACUAAGAUCAUCAAUAUCGUCAGAUUCGUACUCCUGAACUUUAGCCCCGGCCGGUCCCCUGCUUGUGACAACCUUGCGGACAACAAACCAACAAAUCAACUUUCAAUCAAUUGCGAACUCAGUGGGGUCGGUAAGAGGGCAGAAACUAAAAACAGUCAUGUAUUUAAUGAUAGCUGCAAAAUUCUACAGGAUUCUAGCUAUUUGUGGAGUGUUUUAAAAUGAUAGCUUUCAAGAAUUUACAGGAUUUUAACGGUA